AUGGCUGAGCCCCGGGGCCCUGUCGACCAUGGAGUCCAGAUUCGGUUCAUCACAGAGCCAGCAGGGGAUGCAGAGAUGGGCACCCUACGUCGUGGUGGGCGACGUCCAGCUAAGGAUGCGAGAGCCAGUACCUAUGGGGUGGCUGUGCGUGUGCAGGGCAUUGCUGGGCAGCCCUUUGUGGUGCUCAACAGUGGGGAGCAAGGCAGUGACUCCUUUGGAGUCCAGAUCAAGGGGGCCAACAACAGAGGGGCUCUGGGAGCUCUGAGCUCCAACUCGGAACCCCCGGAGCACUCCUACUCUCAUGCCAAGGAGUUUCCUGCACGCUCACAAGGCAGCGUGUCUGAUGAGGAGUCUGGGGACCACUGGAACGGAAGGCUGCUCCGAUCCCGCUCCCAGGCUUCACUGGCAGGCCCUGCCCCUGUGAGUCCGAGCACCCGGAGCACCAGCCUGCUGGAACUGGCCCCUCAAGGAGCUUCCGCAGGGACCAUCGACACUGCUCCCCUGUCUUCAGUGGACUCUCUCAUCAACAAGUUUGACAGCCACCAUGGGGGGCAGACCCGGGGCCGGACUGGCCGGCGCAUGCGGACACUGCCCCCCGAACAGCGCAAGCGGAGCCAAAGCCUGGACAACCGGCUCCCACGGGAUACCCUUGAGGAACGGGAGCGUCGGUCCCCCAACCACUGGGCCCCUAGCACAAAGCAUGACAGUCACAUGGGCAGCUCCAAACAGUCGGUCCAGAGCCAGAGCCCUCUUGGUGGCUUUAGCCGUUCCCGUCAGACCCAGGACUGGGUUCUUCAGAGUUUUGAGGAGCCACAAGGGAGAGUCCAUGACCCUGGCAUACUACAGUUCAAGUCAACUCCAGACCUGCUCCGAGAUCAGCAGGAGGCUGCCCCACCAGGCAGUGUGGACCACCUGAAGGCCACCAUCUACAGCAUCCUGAGGGAGGGAAGCUCAGAAAGUGAAACGUCUGUGAAGAGGAAGGUCAGUUUGGUGCUGGAACAGAUGCAGCCCCUGGUGAUGCCUUCUGGUUCCACUAAGGCCCUGGGCGGGCAGGGGGAACUCACCCGAAAAGUGGAGGAGCUACAGCAAAAGCUGGAUGAAGAGGUGAAGAAGCGACAGAAGCUAGAACCCUCCCAGGUUGGGCUGGAGCGGCAGCUGGAGGAAAAGGCAGAAGAGUGCAGCCAACUGCAGGAACUGCUGGAGAGGAGGAAGGGGGAGGCCCAGCAGAGCACCAGAGAGCUCCAGAACAUGAAGCUCCUUGUGGACCAGGGUGAAAGGGUACGACACAGGCUGGAGACCCAAGUGAUGGAACUGCAGGACAAGCUGAAGCAGGCCCAGGGGCCGGAGCCUGCUAAGGAGGCGCUAAUGAAGGACCUGCUAGAGACCCGGGAGCUUCUGGAAGCGGUCUUGGAGGGCAAACAGCGGGUAGAGGAGCAGCUGAGGCUGCGGGAGCGGGAGCUGACAGCCCUGAAGGGGGCCCUGAAGGAUGAGGUGGCUUCCCGUGACCAGGAGGUGGAACAGGUCCGGCAGCAGUACCAGCGAGACACGGAGCAGCUUCGCCGGAGUAUGCAAGACGCAACCCAGGAUCAUGCUGCAUUAGAGGCUGAAAGGCAGAAGAUGUCAACCCUUGUGCGGGAACUGCAGAGAGAGCUGGAGGAGACAUCGGAGGAGACAGGGCAUUGGCAGAGCAUGUUCCAGAAGAACAAGGAGGAGCUUAGAGCCACCAAGCAGGAACUCCUGCAGCUGCGGAUGGAGAAGGAGGAAAUGGAAGAGGAGCUUGGGGACAAGAUGGAGGUCUUGCAAAGGGAAUUAGGGCAGGCUCGGGCUGGUGCUGCAGACACUCGCCAAAUGGAGGAGCUCAGGAAGGAGCUGCGCCGGACACAGCAGGAACUUAAGGAGCUGAGGGAAGAGCAACAAAGCCAGGAGGUGGCUGGGCGUCACCGGGAACGGGAGUUGGAGAAACAGCUGAGGGUUGAGGUUGAUCGAGGCCGGGAACUGGAACAGCAGAACCUCCAGCUGCAAAAGACUCUCCAGCAGCUGAGACAGGACUGUGAAGAGGCUUCCAAGGCAAGGGGAGCAGCAGAGGCAGAGGUGGAGGUGCUGGGGCAGCGGCGGGCAGCAGUGGAAACGACGCUUCGGGAGACCCAGGAGGAAAAUGACGAAUUCCGACGGCGCAUCUUGGGUCUGGAGCAGCAGCUGAAGGAGGCCCGAGGCUUGGCGGAGGGUGGGGAAGUGGCGGAGGCGAGGCUUCGCGACAGGGUGCAGCGGCUAGAGGCAGAGAAAAAGCGGCUUGAGGAGGCCCUGAACACAGCUCAGGAGGAGGAGGGGAGCCUGGCAGCUGCCAAGCGGGCACUGGAGGCCCGGCUGGAGGAGGCCCAGCGGGGGCUGGCCCGCCUGGGGCAGGAGCAGCAGGCCCUGAAACGGGCCUUGGAGGAGGAGGGGAAGCAGCGGGAGGCACUCCGGCGGGGCAAGGCUGAGCUGGAGGAACAGAAGCGCCUGCUGGAUAAGACUGUGUGCCAGCUGAACAAGGAGCUGGAGCAGAUUGGAAAUGACUCUAAGCAGGCCCUGCAGCAGCUCCAGGCCCAGCUGGAGGAUUACAAGGAGAAGGCCCGGCGGGAGGUGGCAGAUGCCCAGCGCCAGGCCAAGGAGUGGGCCAGUGAGGCUGAGAAGAGCUCUGGAGGGCUGAGCCGGCUUCAGGACGAGACCCAGAGGCUGCGGCAGGCCCUGCAGGCAUCCCAGGCUGACCGCGACACGGCCCAGCUGGACAAGGAGCUGCUGGCCCAGAAACUGCAGGGGCUGGAGCAGGAGGCGGAGAACAAAAAGCGCUCCCAGGAUGACAGGACCCGGCAACUCAAGGGUCUUGAGGAAAAAGUCUCUCGGCUGGAAGCAGAGUUAGAUGAGGAGAGGAGCACUGUGGAGCUGCUGACGGAACGCAUGAAUCGUGGCCGGGACCAGGUGGACCAGCUGAGGACAGAGCUCAUGCAGGAGAGGUCAGCUCGACAGGACCUGGAGUGUGACAAAAUCUCCCUGGAGAGACAGAAUAAGGAUUUGAAGAGCCGGUUGGCUAGCUCAGAAGGCUUCCAGAAGCCCAAUGCCAGCCUCUCUCAUCUUGAGUCCCAGAAUCGGGAGUUGCAGGAGCGGCUACAAGCUGAAGAGAGGGAGAAGACAGCUUUGCAGUCUACCAACCGAAAACUGGAGCGGAGGGUUAAAGAGCUGUCCAUUCAAAUUGAUGACGAGCGGCAGCAUGUCAAUGACCAGAAGGACCAGCUAAGCCUGAGGGUGAAGGCUUUGAAGCGGCAGGUGGAUGAAGCAGAAGAGGAAAUUGAGCGACUCGAUGGCCUGAGGAAGAAGGCCCAGCGUGAGCUGGAGGAGCAGCAUGAGGCCAAUGAACAGCUCCAAGCCCGGAUCAAAACCCUCGAGAAGGACUCCUGGCGCAAAGCCUCCCGGUCAGCUGCUGAGUCAACCCAGCAUGAAGGGCUGAGUUCAGAUGAGGAAUUUGACAGUGUCUACGACCCAUCCUCCAUUGCAUCACUGCUCACGGAGAGCAACCUGCAGACCAGUUCCUGUUAG